GGCGGCCCGCGCAAACAAAAGGCGCGGGGCCGGGCUGACCGGGGGGAGCCCGGAAGACGAAGAGAAGGGACGGCUGGGCUGGUGUUGGUGUGCAGCCUUGUUCCACGGCGAUGUCGGGCUCGGAGCGGCGGCCGCCGGCGGGCCAUGUCCAGCUGGAUAGCAGACCUACAUUACCCACCACAGAUGGAAAUGAGAACAUCACGGAAGUAGAUGCAUUGAAUAUAAGCAGACAAUCACUUGAUCCUGCAGAGGAGUACAAAAUGAACCAUCAAAGAAGAGGACUUGCAUUAAUCUUCAAUCACGAGCACUUUUUUUGGCAUUUAAAGCUGCAAGACCGUCGUGGGACGUGGGCAGAUAGAAACAAUCUGAAAUGCAUUUUGACAGACCUUGGGUUUGAAGUCCGACUUUUUGACAACCUGAAAAAAGAAGAUGUGCAGCAGAGAAUUUAUGAAGCCUCUAUGGAGGACCACAGCAAUGCGGACUGCUUUGUCUGUGUUUUCCUGAGCCAUGGUGAGGAUGGUCACAUUUUUGCAUAUGAUGACAAGAUUGAAAUUCAGACCAUCACAGACAUGUUCAGAGGAGACAAGUGCCAGAGUUUAGUAGGAAAACCAAAGAUAUUUAUAAUUCAGGCCUGUCGAGGUGACAAACAUGAUGAUCCAGUCAUUGCUCACGACUCAGCAGAUGGCAGUGAAUCCCCUGACAAUGAGACUGAAGUGGAUACAGCUGGUGUCUAUACUCUGCCUGCUGGUGCAGACUUUAUCAUGUGCUACUCUGUGGCACAAGGCUACUAUUCUCAUCGUGACCCUAUAAAUGGCUCCUGGUAUAUCCAAGAUUUGUGUGAGACCCUUAGGAAGCAUGGAUCUUCCUUGGAGUUUGCAGAACUUCUUACUGUUGUUAACAGGAAAGUAUCAUGUCGCAGAGUACAUAUGUGCAAAGACAUUAAAGCUAUAGGGAAAAAACAGAUUCCUUGUUUUGCGUCAAUGUUAACUAAAAAAUUGUAUUUUCAUCCAAAAUCUAAGUAGAUUAUUUAGCAGUGAUGACCAUUGCUAUUACUUGCUGCAGAGCAAAGAGAAUGCCAUCUUAGUUGAGGAGAUGUAAUAUUCUACAAGAUUGUCUCCAGAAUCACUUUGAGCAAACACUACAGUUUCUAUACUUCACAGUUUCUAAAAUCUUAAAGCACUUUUAAAGCUAGAAUUACACCAAGGAAUUCAUAUCAGGAAAUAUGGUGCCAAACUAUUAGAAGGUGCUCAGAUUUUACUGAAAUUGAUGCUCCAGACUACUUUUUUCUUAAAAGCGUCUUGCUUGAUUGCCAUCUAACUAUGGCACAUUUUACUGUUUCCAAAACAUGUCUAAUGUUCCAUUAGAUUAACUUGUCUUGCUCCUAUAGCACAGUUUACAGGGAAUAUGGUUUGUAGAGCAUCUUUUUAAAUUUGUGGACAGCAGAAUCCACAACUUUUGUAGCUUUACUAGGCUUUUUAAAUGUUUUUUUCAUUUUCUUGCAACACUAAAAAGUAAUUUAAUUCCUUGAGUAGAACAUAGUAUUAAUAUAGGAUUAAUCAAACAGGGUUGAUUAAUAAAGGGUUUCCUUUUGCUUGAAUAUAAUUUAUGCUUGGGGCACAAUUACAGUUUGCUGUUACUUUGCAUCCUCAGGAGAAAAACAGUAGUAAUGCAAUGAGAACAUGUACAAAAGUUUGCUCAGGGUGAGCUUGCCUAGUCCGUAUCUCUAAAGCUAAAGCUGCUGGACAUCUCUAGGCAGCUCUAUAAAGUAUAACAUAUGCAAACCUCCAUACUUCAGGCCUUUGAGUUGGAUCAGGCCUCCUCUUGGCCCUGGAGAAGAUCAGCCAUACCUCUGUCAUUGGGUACAUAAAAGUGAUGGUGCUUGGUCAACACAGGAUUGUUAUGGCUACAGUAGUUGUGGUGCUGACUUGAACCAAAUGUUUCCUUUUAUUUUUUUAACAUUAAUAAUUGUUCCUCUGAGGGACAACAGAGAACUCAAACUGAACAAAGUGUCUUAAUCCACUUUCCUGGGGAAAAAAUACUCGGUUUACUGGUUCUGCUUUAGUUAAGUCUUUCCAUAUCCAAUGUUCUGAGUCAUAAAUGCUGUAUCUUACUAUAAAUCGUGUAUGUUUGAAUGCUUUGAUAAAUUCUUUCAAUAAAAGGCAACAGUGAAACAUAAAUGAUUUUUAGCAAGUUUGAGAUACCUUACUUUUCCAGCACUAAUCCACUUUCCUGGGGAAAAAAUAAUCAGUUUCCUGGUUCUGCUUCAGUUAAGUCUUUCUAUAUCCAAUGUUCUGAGUCAUAACUGCUGUAUCUUACUACACCUACUUUUAAAUGUUGAAUAAAUCAUGUAUGUUUAAAUGUUUUGAUGAAUUCUUUCAAUAAAAUGCAACAGUGAAACAUAAA